GCUUGCAUGAUCGGGUGUGCUUUUUCGUUUUCGUUGAUCGGAUGGAUGAUGUGGCGAUGAUUUGCUAAUCUGGGUAUGUGGAAAGAUCGAAUUUUUGGUUCAUCCGUUCGUGCAUCAUCUGUGUUUGAACUUCAUCCUGUCGGUCUGGGUCUUUUUUGCAAAAUUUGGUUUGCUUUUGGUUUGCUUUUCUUUUUAUUUCUUCUGAUGGUACUUGAUUUUGUGUUUGCUGGGAUUGAGUUGAGAUUGCGUGCAAGGAGUUCCUGUUUUUCCUCAGCUGACAUGAGAAUCUUUUCCUUUUUGGGUUGUUUAAGGCAAUGGAAUAUCCUUUAAAUGGAAGAUUAGCAUUCUUUCUUCCCAAGUUUUCGUCUUUCGGGGUGCCGAAAUUUGUUUUUCUUUGGCCAGGAUAUGUUCAAUGUUUUGCCACUGGAGCCUAUUUUGCUUUCAUCAGCAUUUUCUGCUAUUCUGCUCCCUCGUUGUUGGAUGUUUGCAAAAGUUACCCUUUCAACCAAGCAUGAUCUGCGCUUCAUUUCGAUGGAGAGGUCUCAAACUUGAAGCUUGUUGAUACAUAUAUCAAGCAUUUUGAAAAUUUCUGAGUCCACAAAGCUUGGCACUGCCUCGUUUAGCAGUGCCCAUGGAUGCCACCGCAAGUGAAAGCCAAGCUAUACAGUACCGUGACAUUUCUGACCAGCCAGUCGCUGCAGUCGUGGCAUCUCCUAUUCGGACAUUUCAACGCCAAACACGGCACUGCUUUGGGGACACUAUCCCUGGAGAAUUCCCAUUGGCUGCUAGUCCUUCCAUUGUUCUUCACGUCCUUACGUCAUGUAAUUUCACUCCGCAAGAUCUCGCCAAGUUAGAGGCGACCUGUUCCUUCUUCAGGCAACCCGCAAAUUUCGAUCCUGACCAAGAAUUGUCAGUGACAGAGAUUGCUGCUCUGGACAUGUGCCAGAAGAGAGCUAUCUUUAAGCCAAUGACACCUGAAGAGCGCCAAGAUUUAAAGCGAAAAUGCGGGGGUUCCUGGAAACUAGUUCUUUGUUUCUUGCUUGCUGGGGAGAUAUGUUGCAGGAGGGAGAAGUCGCAGGCGAUAGCUGGGCCUGGUCAUAGUAUUGCUGUAACGUCUGAAGGAGAGGUGCACACAUUUGGCUCAAACAUCAAUGGGCAAUUGGGACAUGGCACCACCGAAGAGGAAUGGCGGCCUCGGCUGAUCAGAUCCCUUCAAGGCGUCCGAAUAAUCCAGGCAGCUGCAGGAGCGGGCAGGACAAUGCUGAUUAGCGAUGCAGGUCAGGUUUAUGCCUUUGGGAAGGACUCAUUCGGCGAAGCGGAAUGGGGGGGCCAAGGAUCUAAUCUUGUCACAACACCACGGCUAGUCGAAUCGUUGAAAGGCAUCUUCGUGGUUCAAGCUGCAAUUGGAAAUUUCUUCACAGCCGUGUUAUCUAGAGAAGGCAGGGUUUAUACAUUCUGCUGGGGAACUGAUGGCAAACUUGGACACCACACCGAGCCAAAUGAUGUGGAGCCCCGCCCUUUAUUGGGUGCUCUGGAGAAUGUACCAGUGGUGCAAAUAGCCGCAGGAUAUUGCUACCUUCUUGCACUGGCUUUUGAGCCUAGUGGCAUGUCGGUGUACUCCGUUGGGUGUGGCUUGGGCGGAAAGCUUGGACACGGUGCAAAGACUGACGAGAGGUACCCUCGCUUGAUUGAACAAUUUCGGCAUUUGAAUGUUCAACCCAUGGUGGUUGCAGCUGGAGCUUGGCAUGCCGCUGUGGUUGGGCGGGAUGGACGGGUCUGCACCUGGGGAUGGGGUCGUUAUGGUUGCUUGGGACAUGGCGAUGAAGAGUGCGAAUUGGUCCCUAAGGUUGUGGAAUCGCUGAACAAUGUCAAAGCAGUUCAUGUUGCGACGGGGGAUUAUACGACAUUUGUGGUGUCUGAAGCGGGUGAAGUUUACUCUUUUGGCUGCGGUGAAUCUGCUAGCCUUGGACAUGUUGCCAUCGUCGAUGCACAGGGAAAUAGGCACACAAACGUGUUGAGCCCCGCGCUCGUGACAUCGCUGAAGCAGGUCAACGAGAAGAUUGUACAGAUUAGUCUCACUAACUCUAUUUACUGGAACGCGCACACCUUUGCGCUCACCGAAUCAGGAAAGCUCUAUGCGUUUGGAGCAGGAGACAAGGGGCAGCUGGGCAUAGGCCCCAUCGCCAACCAGACCGAAAAGCAAAAUCCCGAGCAGGUUGACGUAGACCUAAGUUAAGAAAACCGAACUGAUUUCCGUUGACAUUCUUUUAGCACCAUUUGUGCAUAUCUUCUGUGUACAUAGGUUUAGUCCUUAAUUAGGUAGGUGGGGACUUUGCAAAUACUGACUUCAUUUUAUGGGGAAAGAACUGGACUGAUGUUUUAGGGUUCUCCAAUUGUGAAUAGCUGGAUGCAAGAUUUGCUCAGUUUCAUUCAAUGGAUUGAUGAAUUUGAUUUUA